AUGCCAUUUCCCUUCGUACUCCCGACCACUUCGAGUAUAUCCUUUACAGACUUCUUCAAUAGCAGUACACACCCUUCGCUACCAAACUGCGCCACGACCGCGCGGGGUGUGGUCCGCGACGUGUUGAAGAGACAUAAGCGCAUCCCACCUUCCGCCCAAGCAUCGAACCUUUCCACGGUGAUAUCCGCCCUCAAUGACUACAUACCAUACUUGUUUGCGCUAGACGCAGGGCUGAGCGGGACAAGUUGCGCAGGAGAAGAAAUCGACCUGGUACUGGUCAAAGAGCUGGAAGUGGACUGGCGAUCCACGCUUGGGACUUCGAUAGCCGGGCGUGAGCCAGCGCGGAUUAAGCUAAAGAGUCUCGAGAGUGAACUCUGCUACACGCUGUCCACCCUCGCAUAUGUCUAUAGCCUUCAAGCUCGGGCACAGCUACAUACACUCUAUAAUGCGACCGUGCCAUCGCCUGAACAACGGGCAACGGCGAUUAGCACUGCUAUGAAGCACUUUCUCGAAGCCAACUCAAUACACUCAUACCUGUACAAUCGAGCCGGGCAAUGGAAUUCGCAGCCAACAGCGGUAGACAUCUCGGUCUCAGUCUUGGGCGCCUUGGCUGAGCUUAGCAUGGCUGAAGCUACCCUCAUCACCGUACUCAAGGACGACCCAUACCCCGCUGUCGUUAUAGAAGAUAGGAACAAGCAGAGUAAGAACUGGAUGUUCAAGGGCGUCGAUAUACCCAAAGUUCGCGCGCAUCUCUUUGCACGAUUGUGCCUCGCAUCCUCCGAACACGCAGCCAAAGCACAAGCCAUGCUAGGCCGCUCUUCUAGGAUCAACGAGGACCUUGUAAAGUACGUGGACGACUUGCGGCGGACUGCCAAGGGCAAGGCAUGUCGAUUUCUUGCUUGUGAUGCAGAAGGGGGUGGCAAGACUGGGGAGGGCAUCGCCUGGCUUCGAGGUGCAAAGAAAGAACUUGGUUUCGCCUCGUUGGGUGCCGAGGACGAAAAGAAGCCGUCUGGCUUUUCCAAACUGAAGAAGGAUUGGCAGGAGAAGCGUGAGGACCGCAAGAUCGAAAAGGGUGUCGACUGGGGCACAGAUGCAGGCAAGUUUGAAGAGGGACGAAUUGUGGAUAUGCUUCUGAAGAAGUGGGAGAAGCAAAAUGACACAGCCGGUAUACAGUUGAUUCCUCCUUCUGAACCCCUACUUGCAAGUAUGCCUUCGGGUCGCGAGUAUCAUACAACAAAGAUGUUUGUCAUUCCAGCACUAGAUGAGCACUCGCUCAUCCGCAUGAGGGCGCCACCCGAUCCGAGUGAUGCCUUUCGAGGCGAGGAAGAAGAUAGUGCUGACGAAGAUGAGCGGAGUGCACCUGCGGGCGCGUUUCCUGGUACCAAGGCAGACUAUGUGCCGAGCUCGAGCUACUACUAA